AUGAAAUCUGCAAUAUUAGUUCUUGUAUUGUUGACUUUGUGCACUGUAACUCACAGCCAAGAUGAAUACAAGAGACAAAUCGGCGGACCUCCUACUAAUCCUAACGGGUUGACUAACAAUGGUCCCAAUCCAAAUGGUCCAGCUAAUGGAUCUGUGACUAACAGUGGUCCUAACAGUGGUCCUAACAGUGUUCCUAACAGUGGUCCUAACAGUGGUCUUAGCAGUGGUCCUAAUAGUGGUCCUGAUAGCAAAAAUUCUAACGGCGGACCUUUGCCUAACAAUGCUAACGGCGGACCUUUGCCUAACAAUGUUAACGGCGGACCUUUGCCUAACAAUGCUAACGGCGGACCUUUGCCUAGCAAUGCUACCGGCGGACCUUUGACUAACAAUGUGACGUCUUCAAGCUCAAACAAUCCUAAUACAACAGGAAUUAAUAAUUCUACUAGUUUGCCAAAUAAUAGCACAUCUCCAAGUAGCAGCAAUACACCUUCCGGAACCUCUAAGCCAAUUUCCUCAAGUACACCUUCCGCAGCUUCUUCCUCGGCUAAAUCUGCUUCAUCCCCCACUGACCUUCUCUCAAUCGCAACCUCGCUUAAUCUCAAAAAUGAUAUGAAUCAUUACGUAUUUGCUUUCGCUGGUGUCUUUGCCAUUUUAAUACAUAUUGUUGCUACUCUUUAA